GUUUUUUGACAGAUGGCGCUACAUUUGACGUCAACAAACCGGAUCGAUUUUCUGCAAAGUUCCAAUAAAUUGUCUUUGGAUUUGACAGGAAGGAACAUUGCGUCACUGAAAGGCAAAGUGAAUAUUCAAUUUAUUUUUUGGAGUUGUUUACAGAAAAAACUUACGUCAGGUUAUUAUGUGUGACAUAAAUAACAAGUAUGGCAGAGAAUGAUGCAGCUUGUUCCCAUAGUAGCAGACUUAAACAAAAUAUAAACAAAAAAAAAGUUAGUGUAAAUACAUCUCCAGGGUAGCCGAGUGCAAAUUGAAAUUUGCAAAACAACGUAGUUCUUCAGAGUACAGAUUUCAAAAUGUCAGAGUACCACAAAAAAUAUUUCUGUCCGAGAUUGUUAGACUAUAUAGUGAUAGCAGGAAGUCGACAUCACAAUAAUAAUAACAAUGUUGCUCAGACGCCGGAACUUUUGAGGCGUUAUCCACUUGAAGAUCAUGCAGAUUUUCCUCUUCCAACAGAUGUGAUAUUCUUUUGCCAGCCAGAAGGUUGUAUUAGUGUAGGUCCGAAACGUAUGAGUCUCAGAGAAACAACAUCUUUUGUAUUUACACUGACCGAAAAAGACUCUGGUAAAGUAAGGUAUGGCAUGUGUGUUAAUUUUUUCCGCCCGUUUGAAAAACACAAGGAAAAAAGACAACACAGUAGUAGUUCCGAUCGCCAGUACAGCACCGGAAGUUAUUCUGAAGGAAAUAGGACAGUUUCAAAUUUACAACACAAUGACUCUGACUCUAGGUCGCCUCGAACUAGUAGAAGAGCAAAAACUGCUUCUCGUGUGAGAAACAACACAUUAACAUCUCUAUGCAUUAUUAGUCAUCAUCCAUUUUUCUCGACGUUUCGAGAAUGUUUGUUUAUCCUUCGACGUCUCAUUGAUGCGUGUCAUGAAAGAAGCUGUGCAAGAAGAGUAGGGGGUUCAAGAAGCAUGUCAAGGGACACAGUGUGGGGUGUGCUGACUGGUCAAGGUAGUGAUAAUGUUUCAAGUCUUGUUGUUCAUGAGAUCCGAGAGAUUGAGACUUGGAUAUUACGUCUGCUUAGUGCUCCAGUUCCAGUACCAGGGAAGACCAAAGUCGAG